AUGGCAGAAAAUCGUGGUCCUUUCGAGCGUGAACUGAAACAAAAGCUCUCUCAACGUGUAACAGGUCGUCUCACCGAGGAAAGUAUUUUGUUGAAAUCCUUCAAAUACUUCGACAUGGACAACUCCGGAACUUUAAGCUUCGAAGAAUGGACUAAAGCUUUAGAAAAAGUUGGGAUGACUUAUCAAGACCCAAAACGUCUCCAAGAACUUUUCAAUAUUUACGACGUUGAUAGCAAUGGCACCCUUGACUACAAAGAAUUCAGUGCAGUUUUAUUUGGUGAACAAAAGCUUAGACAAAAAGCAGCAGCUCCUCAAGGACUUACCCCAGCUCAGCUCGAACAAGGUGAAAGAGCUAUCAUCAAGCUCAGAAAUAAGCUUGCAGAAAGAGGAGGAAGAGGAAUCAUUGGCCUCCAGCGUCAGUUCAAGAUUAUGGAUGACGACAAUUCGAAGAACCUAGACUUCCAAGAAUUCACCAAAGCUAUGAAGGAUUUUGCAGUUGAUUUGAGCGAUGCUGAAAUCCAGUCACUGUUUGGGUAUAUCGAUAGAAAUAGAUCAGGAAAUAUCGAUUAUGACGAGUUUUUAAGAGCUGUCAGAGGACCAAUGAACGAGUUUAGGACUGCACUGGUGACCAGAGCUUUUAGUAAAAUUGACACUGAUCAUUCAGGAGUACUUGAUAUUAAUGAUAUCAGAGGGACCUACAGUGCAAGAAACCACCCAGACGUGAAAGCAGGCAAGAAGUCAGAAGAUCAAGUCUUAGGGGAAUUCUUGGAGACCUUUGAAAUGCAUCAUAAUAUCGGUGGUGGACAAAAUGACCAGAAAAUCACCAGAGAAGAGUUCCAAGAGUACUAUAACAACAUUUCUAUGUCAAUUGACAAUGACCAGUACUUUGAAUUGAUGAUGACAAACACAUGGAAACUUAACGAAACAGCUGCCCCAAGAGAAGAAAGAAAGGAGGAGACCAAAGGAGAAGCUCGCUACCAAGGACCAACUAGAGAAUCUGCUGCAAUUUUUGAAGCUUUUAGAGCUAAACUUGCAGCCAGAGGCACAAGAGGAAUCAUCGGUAUCCAAAGAACCUUCAAAAUCAUUGAUGACGAUAAUAGCAAAACACUGUCAAGAGCAGAAUUCACUAACUCCCCUCCGUGAGUGAACAAAAAAAUUUUGUUCACUCACGGAGGGGGGUUAAUUUUUUUUUUUAAAAAAAUUUUAUAUAUAAUUUUAUAAAAAAAUAUUUUUUUUCGAAAUUUAAAAAAAUCCUAAUUCGUAAAAAUUGGAAAGCAAAUAUUAAUUUAAUUUAUAACAUUUAUGAUUUAAAAAGCAAUUCGUUUAAAAUUAAACAGAAUUAGCUCUAGAUUUCAUUAUAAUAAUUAUCAUUUAUAUAUCAAAUUUUUUUUCCAUAAAAAAUUUUUCUAUUAAAAAAAUUUUUUUGGCAAAAAAUAGUGAUUUUUCUAAUGGUUUUGUUCACACUCACGGAGGGGGGGGGGAGUAAGGGCAUUCAUGACUUCAGAGUCAGCAUUUCUGAUGAAGAAAUCACUAUACUUUUCAAUGGAAUUGACAGAGACAGAAGUGGGACUGUAGAUUUCGACGAAUUAAUCCGUGCAAUCAGAGGGCCAUUAAACGAUUUCAGAAAGAACAUCGUCAAUCAAGCCUGGACUAAGCUAGACAGAGAUGGAAGCGGAGUAGUUGAUAUCACUGACCUCAGAGGUGUUUAUGACGCCAGAGGCCACCCAGACGUAAAAAGCGGAAAAAAGACUGAAGACCAAGUUUUAGGUGAAUUCUUAGAAACCUUUGAAACCCACCACAAUAUCAGUGACCUUUCUCAAAGAGACCAAAGAGUAACCAAACAAGAGUUCGAAGAAUAUUACGCCAAUGUCUCAGCAAGCAUUGACAAUGACCAAUACUUUGAGCUUAUGAUGAACAAUGCUUGGAAACUUCAAGGAGAACCUGACAAAAAAGAAGCCUGGGCUUCACAAGACUUCAGCUAUGGCUCCAGAAGAAAAUACCAACAAGCUCAAAGCCCAUUCGGUACAACAGAACAAGCAAUUGAUUAUGGCAGCAGAUCUUCAAUCAGAAAUACAGCCAACCAAACUGUUGACGGACUGAUUGAGCAGCUAAGAGUAAAACUAAAUGCCCGUGGCGGAGCCAGAGGGUUUGUAGGAAUUGCUAAACUUUUCAAGAUAAUGGACGAUGAUGGGUCAGGAAAUUUAAGCUUAGAAGAGUUCACCAAAGCAAUGAAAGAUUUCAGAACUGGCUUCUCUGACGAUGAUUCAAGAAGAUUAUUCACUUUCUUUGAUGCUGAUAGAAGCGGAUCUAUUGAUUAUGAAGAAUUCGUCCAUAGAGUCAGAGGAGAAAUGAAUAACUUUAGAAAGCACAUUGUCACUCAGUGCUUCAACAAGCUUGAUAAAAACGGCAAUGGCAUUGUCGAAAUUGACGAUAUCAGAGGUGUUUACAAUGCAACUAACCACCCUGACGUAAGGUCUGGCAAGAAGACAGAAGAUGACAUUUUGUGUGAAUUUUUAGACACCUUUGAAGCCCAUCACGCUUCAUUUAAAGAAGAUACAAGAGAUCAUAGAAUUACAUUAGAAGAGUUCACUGAGUACUACAACCACGUUUCUGCUUCUAUUGAUGAUGACAGGUACUUUGAUCUCAUGAUGAAGAAUGCAUGGAAUACUGAUCCUCAGCCUACCCAAAAGGCAUGGGCUGGAGAAGUUGGCGGCUCACCUACAAGAAGGCAUAAAUAA